AUGGCCUCUUCGGGGUUUCGGGGUGACGUUUCCCAGGUGCGCGGCGGCCGUGACUCCAUCUUCUCUGAGGCCAUCAACCAGAAGAUGCGUGUCCCCGACCGCCUGAGAGUGGGGCCAGGCAUGGGACAGAGAUGGGAAGAGGAGAGGCAGGGGUGUGCGGAGUGUCCCGCAUCCUACAUCAUGCACAUCCCAGACAGGCUGUCUCUCACAGGUGGGUGCAUGGCUGGUCUGGAGGUAGGCCUAUUGAUAAAGACAAAACAUUUAUAUAGCUUAAGUUAGAAGUAGAGUUGGGAUAGAACGGAGACGGGUCAGAAGAAAAACUAUUUUAGCCACUUAACAAUGCUGGUCCUAAAAGCUCUGUUGAUGUUCUCAGGAUUUGAGUCGGAGCAGUAAUGGGAUCUGUGUGUGUCCCUAUGAUAUCUCAGUGUUCUGAUAUCUUUGUGACUUACUAAUAGAUGCCCCGGACAUGAGCCCCCGUCCACUGUUCACGUCAUCCAAGCAAGGCUCAGCCCUCCCCCUGGGGCCUGCAUGGGAGGCACAGCAGCACAGUGCCUGGGACAGAGAAAGAGAACCCUACAUGAGGGAACCAGUGCAGGUAUGUGAGACUGUAGACUGGACCUUUUCUUUGGGAAUGAGUUGUCUGACAAUAAUUGGAUAAGUGUAGUGUCACUGAGACAUACACUACCGGUCAAAAGUUUUAGAACACCUACUCAUUCAAGGUAUUUUUUUAAUUUUUUUUGUCAUUUAGCAGACGCUCUUAUCCAGAGCGACUUACAGUUAUUGAGUGCAUACAUUUUCAUACUGGCCCCCCGUGGGAAACGAACCCACAACCCUGGCGUUGCAAGCGCCAUGCUCUACCAACUGAGCUACAGGGGACUUUAUUUCUACUAUUUUCUACAUUGUAGAAUAAUUGUGAAGACAUCAAAACUAUGAAAUAACACAUAACGAAUCAUGUAGUAACCAAAAAAGUGUUAAACAAAUCAAAAUAUAUUUUAUAUUUGAGAUUCUUCAAAUAGCCUCCCUUUGCCUUGACAGCUUUGCGCACUCUUGGCAUUCUCUCAACCAGCUUCACCUGGAAUGCUUUUCCAACAGUCUUGGAAGGAGUUCCCACAUAUGCUGAGCACUUGUUGGCUGCAUUUCCUUCACUCUGCGGUCCGACUCAUCCCAAACCAUCUCAAUUUGGUUGAGGUCGGGGGAUUGUGGAGGCCAGGUCAUCUGAUGCAGCACUUCAUCACUCUCCUUCUUGGUAAAAUAGCCCUUACACAGCCUGGAGGUGUGUUGGGCCAUUGUCCUGUUGAAAAACAAAUGAUAGUCCUACUAAGCCCAAACCAUAUAGGAUGGCGUAUAGCUGCAGAAUGCUGUGGUAGCCAUGCUGGUUAAGUGUGCCUUGAAUUCUAAAUAAAUCACAGUGUCACCAGCGAAGCACCCCCACACAUAACACCACCUCCUCCAUGCUUUACGUGGGAAAUACACAUGCAGAGAUCAUCCGUUCACCCACACCGCGUCUCACAAAGACACGGCGGUUGGAACCAAACAUUUCCAAUUUGGACUCCAGACCAAAGGACAACUUUCCACCGGUCUAAUGUCCAUUGCUCAUGUUUCUUGGCCCAAGCAAGUCUCUUCUUCUUAAUGGUGACCUUUAGUAGUGGUUUCUUUGCAGCAAUUAGACCAUGAAGGCCUGAUUCCCACAGUCUCCUCUGAACAGUUGAUGUUGAUAUGUCUGUUACUUGAACUCUGUGAAGCAUUUAUUUGGGCAGCAAUUUCUGAGGCUGGUAACUCUAAUGAACUUAUCCUCUGCAGCAGAGUAAAUAGAUGCAUAAACAUAAGUGUAGUUUGUACAAUACAGUUAGAGCAGAGCAAUUUUGGCAUCGAACUUAAACACAUUUUGAAAUGCAACAUUAAAAAAACAUUCAACUGAAUUAAUAAAUAUUUCAAUAAAUAAACAUACAUUUAAUCAGAACGUAAUCCAACAUACGCAUAACGCAAACGUUAACAUUUGGUUGUCAUUUAAAAUAAAGCUUUGGUUGUGGUCAACAUACUGAAAAUGUUGGUAUGAUGUUACUUAGAACCUUCCUUUUUAUUCUUCUGCAGUGACACCAUAGUCUGAAUAUUGAUAUUGGUCAUUCCUAUGUUGAGGACGUUACCGUUAUUUAGCACAUUCAACAUUUUCCCCCUUUACCCCCCAGUUUGAGCCUUUUUCAUUUGGGUUAAAAUUCCAGGACAAUUCCAGAGCAUUAUGUAUGUUCUUUGGAGAUUGUUUAAUUGUUAACUCUGGGUCUUCCAUUCCUGUGGCGGUCCUCAUGAGAGCCAGUUUCAUCAUAGCACUUGAUGGUUUUUGUGACUGCACUUGAAGAAACUUUCAAAGUUCUUGAAAUUUUCCGGAUUGACUGACCUUCAUGUCUUAAAGUAAUGAUGGACUGUCAUUUCUCUUUGCUUAUUUGAGCUGUUCUUGCCAUAAUAUGGACUUGGUAUUUUACCAAAUAGGGCUAUCUUCUGUAUACCCCCCCCCUACCUUGUCACAACACAACUGAUAGGCUCAAACGCAUUAAGAAGGAAAUUAAUUCCACAAAUUAACUUUUAACAAGGCACACCUGUUAAUUGAAAUGCAUUCCAGGUGACUACCCCAUGAAGCUGGUUGAGAGAAUGCCAAGAGUGUAAAGCUGUCAUCAAGGCAAAGGGUGGCUAUUUGAAGAAUCUCAUCUAAAAUAUAUUUUGAUUUGUUUAACCCUUUUUUGGUUACUACAUGAUUCCAUAUGUUAUUUCAUAGUUUUGAUGUCUUCAUUAUUAUUCUACAAUGUAGAAAAUAGUAAAAAAUAAAGAAAAACCCUUGAAUGAGUAGGUGUUCUAAAACUUUUGACCGGUAAUAUAUAGUGUCAAGCCAUUGCUCUGGGUGUCAUUAUUUAAAGUGUUCAGAGUCAUGCUUAGGGAGAGCAUUUGAUGAGAUGGAGUUAUAACAAAAUAUUCAAUCUGCAGGCACCACCUGGAUUGAAACAUUCCCAGCAGCUUCCAUCUUGCCCUACCCUCACCAUCUAACUCCGGGAUGGCCAACUUUGAUGGGGGUGGGGGCCACAAAGAAAAUCUGCAAUGGCUCGCGGGUCUUCAUGCCCACAUCUAUACCCAAACAUGCAGUUAGCCGGGCCUAGCCUUUUGGGGGGCCUAAGCAAAAUGUGAAGUUUUAGAGUUCAUUUCCUGCAAUUCUACACAUUUUGCCAUAGGGUGGAGAGAAAUGUUUGCAUUUUUUAAAUUUGAUCUGACUGAGUGACUAACUAAAUCAGUAUGGGACCCCCGGUUGGUAAUUUGACCAAGAUUACAACAAGUUUAGCUGGCAGCAAGACUAACUUACAAUCUAAAACAUGUUAGCUGACAUGGGCUAAUUGAGUGACUGACGUAACAAGAGAAAAACUGCUGAUGCACAACCACAUUUCUAAAUUGCACCUUGUGUAUUCUAUUCUUCUACCCGACUGAGUCCCCCCUCCUCCAAAAGAGAUUUAGAAAUUGAUCCGCAGGCCUACAAAAGGGGGCCGCCAGUGUCCCAUCCCUUCCUUAUCUAACUCAUGUUACUAUUUCUCUCUUCUGUAACAGAGUCCACUGCGUAGGUCCUACAGUGACCAGGCUUUUGGCAGGAGCGACCCUGGCACCCCCACCUGCAAACAGACACCGCACACCCCUAUCUCGUAAGUACAAGACACAUUGGAUUAAACACUUCUUAACUCCUUUUAAAUGUCCCCAUCGCGAUCCAUCUCUUUCCUUGGACCAGACUGAGUGGCUUACUAGAUUUAUAUUUUAGUCAUUUAGCAGACGCUCUUAUACAGAGCGACUUAAAGGAGCAUUUAGGGUUAAGUGCCUUGCUCAAGGGCACAUCGACAGAUUUUUCACCUAGUUGGCUCGGGGAUUCAAACCAGCGACAUUUCGGUUACUGGCCCAACGCUCUUAACCACUAGGCUACCUGCCUCUCGAAGUGCUCCUCUGCCCAGUGAGGGGGUUACAUGUCCAACGCUUCCUCAGAAGCAGGGGAAAAAAGCUCCCAAAACAUAUGGUGCUGAAUGUUUUCAGAACACUCUUCACUUUAAAACAUUAUUUUUGCUGGUUUUCAUCACCUUGUGUACGAAACAACUUGGCCAUAUGUAAGCAUAGUAGGAUAAAUUACUUAUCAACAUUAUUUCAACACAACACUUGCCUGCUUUUCAAACCAGCUUGCCUUUUAAGCCUGGAACAUUUUAGAAAGACACAAAGGGAAAGUUGCAUUGUCGGCUUGGGACACUAAAUUCUAUUGACUUUGCGCUGCCUCAGGCCCCUGCAGCGAUGUCCUCCUAUUCUUCACCUGUGUUUCCAGCAGAGGGAGACAAACAUUGGUUCCUCUGAUCUCUAGCCUCUCCUUACAUGUAGGUUAUAUUCGAGGCAACGUGGAGACAGUCAAAGUCAUUUGAAGUUAUUUGGCCUUGUCACUGCUUGGUAAGUGUUGUGCCCCUCUCUGUUUGCCCUCUGUCAUUUGUGGUGAUCCUACCCACCCCCACUCCUCCUCGUGCCUGUUAUAGUUGCGGCGGUGCAGGACGCCCCCCUCAGCGCUCUACUGCAGCUGCAGACACCCUGCCCCUGCCCCUGCCCCUGGGGCUCCCUGCCAUCCCACCCAGCCUCCUGUCCCCACAGACUAUGCUGCAGGCUGCCAAGGAACUGGGCCAGCAGGCCUCACAGUGCCUCCUGCAGACUCUGUCACUCAGAAUUACA